AUGAGUUGCUCCUCAACGCUAGACCCUCGAUCAAAUUCAGGUCUACGAGACAUCCACCGGCUGAUCAACGAAUGUCGUGAAGUGCUCCAGGCGGACCCGUCCUGUCUGCAUACGCGUGCAGUGCGGGGCCACGCCUGCAUGAAAGCCAAGCUGUGGGAUCAAGCAGUGCACGACUUCUCAGAAAUUCUGCGCUGUCGACCAGACGACGUCCACGGGCGCUUCAGUCGCGGCAUGGCGCUCUUCAAGAGUGGCCGGGUAGAUGACGCACACAGCGACUUCUCACGCGUCCUCGAGUUGAAUCCGAACCACGUUAUGGCUCGUUACGCUCGUGCUGGCUGCUACAACUCCGAAGGGGAAAUCAACCAAGCAAUUCAAGAGUACAUGCUAGCUCUCCAACAUGAUGAGAAGGAAAACGCCAGAGGCUUUCGAUCUGAGAAGCGACGGAUAGGAAUGCACGAAUGUGCAGAACACCUUAUUCGGAAGACGAUGGGAGGCUCGACACGCUCACACGCGCGAUCAUCAUCCGCGUCAGCUCCUGCAAAAAGGCCGAGGAAGGUAGUGCAGGUUCGUGUGAAUCUGAGCGAUCUCUCAGCAGCCCCUCAAAGUAACGUAGCUGUUCGUGCAUUACCAAAGACGGUUCGUAGGGUCACAGUUGCGUUGUAA